GCCCACUCGCAGCGGCACCUUUCCAAGAUGGCAGCCAACAGUAGCAGCACGGUUAGCAAACCCAGCAACAGUACCGGGGGGAAACAGUCAGGGCCGUCGGCCGAGCAGGUCGUGGCUGCAUUCCAGAGGAUGCGCACGGAGCAGCGCAGCAUGGCCUCCAAGGCUGCAGAGUUGGAGAUGGAGAUCAAUGAGCAUAGCCUAGUCAUUGAGACCCUAAAAGACGUAGACCCAACAAGGAAGUGCUUCCGGCUGGUGGGUGGGGUGCUCGUGGAGAGGACAGUUAAGGAAGUCUUACCAGCUCUGGAAAGCAAUAAAGAACAGAUCUCAAAGAUUGUAGAAUCCCUCAACACACAGAUGCAGUCGAAAGGCCGGGAGCUCACAGAGUACCGGGAAAAAUACAACAUCCGAUUGGUGGGAGAAGGGGAGGAAGGCCAGGGCAAAUCUGCAGCGUCCUCCAAUGGGGGCGAAGGGAGCGCGUCUAAAGGCGGUGCCGGCGUUCUAGUUUCGUAGCUUUGUGAAAAGGCUUUAGUAAAAUAGGAAAUUGUGCAGAAUGCCAUCAAGCAUCGAGUCAGCACAGACCCUGAAAGGCAUUUCAAGGGCCCGAGUUUUACGUAUGUCUUGCAUGAAACCAAUGUUACAAGGGCCAGAUUCUCAAGACCAUUCAAUUGAGAUAAAUGAAGCGUGUUAUUGAAUCCUUUUCACCUAUAGUUAAACAAAACUUAAGCCAACAAUUUACUUACUCUGGUUUAUUUUCUCUUCAGACAUGAACAAGCCUUUCGCCUUUUACUCGAGGCAGUGUUUCAUCAAAAUCUUACGGGAUGAUAGUUGUAUUAAACAACAUGCCUUCUUGAUGACCA